GAUGACGCGUAGCCAUCGCGUAGCGUGUGGGAGAAAGUAUUAAGUUUUUAUUAUCUAUUGUCAACCUUUUUUGAAAGUGGAAACACCGGCGACCCGCCACGUUUCGCCAGUCUUGUUAGUUGUUCAGUCCUCAGUAUUUUUUAACUUUAUCAUCGUUGAUCGUGUUAACAGUAUAUUUUACCAUCAAAAAUGAGUGCUCCAGCACCGACUCCUGCUUAUAAAAUCGGAAUAGUGAAGCAGGUUCUGUCGGGAGAUACAAUAGUAAUAAGGAAGCAGCCCCAGGGAGGUCCCCCACCAGAAAAAGUGAUCGCAUUGUCUGGCGUCACGGCUCCGAAGCUUGCUCGUCAAAGAACAGCUAACAAUGACGUCGAGACGAAAGAUGAGCCAUAUGCGUGGGAAGCCCGUGAAUUCUUGAGGAAGAAGCUUGUAGGUAAAGAGGUCAUCUUCACCGCGGAGAAACCACCAAAUUCGGCGACCAGAGAAUAUGGUUCCGUUUGGGCCGGAAAGGACCCUACUAAAGACGAGAAUGUCACAGAAACUUUGCUAGCCGAAGGACUGGUCAAGGUCAGAGAAGGAGGCAGAAAUAUACCACAACUGAAAAGGCUCGUGGAAAUUGAAGAUGUCGCCAAAUCACAGGGCAAAGGCAUCUGGGCUUCGGAUCUCCAAGAUCAUGUUCGUGACAUUAAAACCUCCAUUGAGAACCCGAAGCAGUUUGUCAACAAACACAAUGGGCAUCCCAUCAAGGCCAUCAUCGAGUAUGUCAGAGACGGAUCCACCGUGCGGCUAUGCCUACUGCCUGACUACUACCAGAUCACCCUGAUGAUGUCUGGAAUCAGAUGUCCAAUGGUCAAACAAGAUGGCGAUUCUGAGCCUUUUGCUGAUGAAGCCAGAUACUUUGUGGAAUCGAGACUCCUGCAGAAAGAUGUGGAAGUGAUCCUAGAGUCAGUGAACAAUGCAAACUUCGUCGGAACCAUCCUACAUCCACAAGGCAACAUCGCAGAAUUACUACUAAGACAGGGCUUCGCGAGAUGCGUUGAUUGGUCUCUCGCUGUCAUGAAGUCUGGCGCAUCAUCCCUAAGAGCAGCCGAGCGCGCCGCAAAAGAAGCGAAGCUUCGCAUCUGGACGAACUACGUCAGUAACGCACCAGUGAUCGCGGCCAAAGACAAGGAGUUCACCGCCACCGUCAUGGAGGUCGUCAAUGGAGACGCGCUCGUCGUCAAAAUGCCCAACAAUACCCAGAAAAAGAUAUUCCUUGCUAGCAUCAGGCCGCCGCGUGAAAAGAACAGUCCAGACGAAGAAGGCAAGCAGUCACCACGUCCCAAAGGUUUCAAGCCGCUAUACGACAUCCCGUGGAUGUUCGAAGCGCGCGAGUUUCUCAGAAAGAAACUCGUGGGGAAGAAAGUGAAUGUGACCGUCGACUAUAUCCAGCCAGCUAAGGACAACUUUCCAGAGAAGAUUUGCUGCACAGUGAUCACAGGGGGCACCAAUGUUGCUGAAGCGUUAGUAUCGAAAGGUUAUGCUACAGUAGUUAGGUACAGAAACGACAACGACCAGAGAAGUUCUCACUACGACAAGCUGCUGGAAGCCGAACAAAAAGCCAUCAAAGCGGCCAUCGGAGUCCACGCCAAGAAAGACAUUCCCACGCACCGCAUCCAGGACACGAGCGGCGACUCAGCCAAAGCGAGAAAGUUCUUCCCCUUCCUCAAGAGGGCACAAAAGACAGAAGCGACCGUGGAAUUCGUCGCCAGCGGGUCUCGCAUGAGGAUAUACAUUCCCAAGGAGUCCGUGCUUGUGACGUUCUUACUCGCGGGGAUCAACUGUCCGCGGGGCGCGCGGCCGGCGGUCGGCGGAGGCCCGAUGCAGGACGCGGAACCCUUCGGCGAAGAAGCUCUGCUGUUCACCAAGGAGAAGUGUCUGCAGCACGACGUGCUCGUCACCAUCGAGGAGAUGGACAAGGCUGGCAACUUCAUCGGCUGGCUCUGGGUCGACAACGAGAACCUCUCCGUCGCGCUCGUGGAGCACGGCCUCGCCUCCAUGCACCACACAGCUGAGACCUCGGAAUUCGCCCGAUCCAUCAAAACGGCAGAAGAAAACGCCAUGAAGAAACGCAUCAGCAUUUGGAGAGACUUUGUCGAAGUAGAAAAAGAAGUGGAAAAAGAAAGAAAUGCGCCAAUCCAAGACCGCAUCGUGAAAUACGAGAAGGUUGUCGUCACGGAAAUCACCGGCGAAGGCAGCUUUUAUGCUCAGAAUGUCGACCUCGGGACAAAGCUAGAAUCAUUGAUGGAGAAAAUUCACCAAGAAUUCAAAUCGAACGCGCCGCUCCCAGGGUCUUAUGUGCCGAGAAGAGGACAAAUUUGCGCGGCUCGCUUUACAUUGGACGACCAGUGGUACAGAGCUAAAGUAGAGAAAAUCACUGAGGACAAAAAAGCACAUAUACUCUACAUUGAUUACGGAAAUCGGGAGGUAGUCUCGAGCACGCGGCUGGCGUUGCUCCCCGCUGGCACGGAGAGCGAUCCGCCGUACGCGAGCGAAUACGUACUGUGCUGCGUUAAGUUCCCGUCGGACCCUGACGACCGCAACGAGGCGAUCGCCGCCUUCUCCACGGAUACGCUCAACAAGAAGCUGCUGCUCAACGUGGAGACGCGCGGCUCGCCGCCCGCCGUCACGCUCGUAGACCCCAACACCAACACCGAUCUUGGAAAGAGCCUCAUCAAGGAAGGUCUGGCCCUGAUGGAAAGCCUACGCGACCACCGACUAGCGGGUCUGGUGGCCGAGUAUCGCGUCGCCCAGGAGCACGCCAAGAGCUCGCGCCUGAACCUCUGGCGACACGGUGACAUCACCGACGAUGAUGCGGUGGAGUUUGGGGCGCGUCGCUAGCGUCCGGCCUUCUACGACGCCACCAUGUCGCCCUCGCACACACUAAACUGUGCCACAUGCACCCCACUAUACAUGGAAACCCGCAUAUAUGCCAUCAUCUAUGAAUUCAUAUAAAUAAAACAGGUGAAUUGAUGAACGAUAUAUUAAAUCAUGACGAAUAUUAAAUGUUGUGAAUGAUAACUUUGUGUGACAAAUAGAAUUAAUUAUGGUGACUUCAAUAAUAUAAAUAUUCCCUCUGUUUUUACCCUGCCCGAGAGAGGACUCAGUGCUUGUGGACUGCGCCCGCGCGCGCCGUCAUGCGAAAUACGGUUACUUGUUUCAGUGGCAAUUCUUUGCCCUUGUUUCGCGUCUUGACUUCCUUAAUAUAAAACAUUAUAUUGUUUGAUGAACUAAGACGAGUUUGUAUAUUUUAUCUACAAGGUAUCAGAAUUAUAAUAAAUUUAUAAUAAAAACAAAUUGUUGAUCAUAAUAAUAUUUACAUUUUUACAGUUUUUGUAUAUCAGCAAUAAACAUUAAUGUAGAUGUAUAUUUUUUCGUUGUUAUUUAAUUAUUUAUAUGUGCUCGCAUAGCAUAAUUAAUUCGUAUUGAAUUAUAUUCUUUUUUUAUUAGAGUCUGCUGUUUAUAAGUAAAUAAAUCUGUGUUUGUUGGUGUAUAAUAUGAAUACUAGGUUGUAUUUAUUGUAAGGCUGACUCGGAUUUGUAUAACUGAAGUACCUUAAUUGUUUAUUCUCGUAUUUCGUACUUACAAGCAUAUUGAAGGACCUACCUCUCUUCCCGAGAUGAUAUUUAUGGUAUAAUAUAAAACUGUUUACAUAUAGAGUACCAUAUGGUGCGUGGAUUGUUAAAUACACUUGGUAUAUUGAAAUAAAUAUUUUAGGAAAUUUC